AUACAUUUAAGCCUGUGUGUGUGUGUCAUAGUUGGCGUCAGUGCAAAACUUAAUUAAAAAAAAGAAAAAUAUAAGACAUAAACAAUAAAAAUUUGUCAUUAUAAAUAAAUAAAUAAAAAUGUUCUAUUAAUUUUAAUGUUUAAUUAUUUAAUUAGAGUUUUUAGUUAAUUAAAAUUAAAAGAAAAAACAAGAAUUUUAAAUAAAAAAAAUAUAUGUGAAUUUGGUUAUAUGUGAAAAUAAAAAAUAAAUAAUUAAUCAACAAUGUAAUAAGAUUAAUUAUUAAAUUUAUAUAAAUUAUAAAAACAUAAAUUAUUUAUUAAUAUUAUUAUUAUUAUUAGUUAAAAGUUAUUGUUUUAUUUGUUGAAUAAAAAAAACAAUGUCUGUGACCUCCGAGAUGGGCUCAUUUAGCUCAAAAGAUGAGAAUAAAAAUAGUGAUGAUAAUGCCAGUACCAGUGCUGGUGAUGGUGAUGAAAAUUAUAAAGAUGAUAAAGAUAAAAUUAAUAAAAAUAAUGAUAAAAUGAUGAAGGAAGAUGAAUCACCAGAACAAUACAGACCCUAUUGUGAUGGUGACAGUGAAAAUGAUACUUAUGAUACACAAUCACUUAGCAUUAUGGAUAUUAAUGAUAUUAUUGGUGUGCAAACUGAACCAGUUGAAGAAUCAACUUUAGAAUCUGAAAUUGCAGCACUUUCAGAAAUUAUUGGUGAUCCAGUUAUUCCUCCAAAAUCACCAUCAGUAAUUCAACAAACUGAAACAACAACACAAGAUGAUGAUGAUGGUAAUAAAAUUUUAGAGGCAUCUGUCGAUUCCAUAACAGCAACAACAACAACAAUUAAAAAUGACAAUGAAGCUUGUAAAUUAAUAACUGAAGAAGAAGAAGAAGAAGAGGCUGAAGAAAAAGAAGAUUCAAUAGGUUUGAAUAAUAGUCUUUCAUUGAUUGGUGAAGCAUAUAUAUCUGAAGAUUCACAAGGUGCUGAUCCAGAUGAGCUACACAUUGGUAAAGAACCAAAAGUAAUAUUUUCAUGUAAACCCUUGGUGGAUAAACAAAAUACUCAAACUGUCAACUCUACUCAAUCAUCAAUUGAUGAUGAUGAUGUUGUUGUAAAUAAAGAAAUAAAUGAGCCAUUGAUAAUUGAUACAUGUAAUGAUGAAAUUAAAAAUGAUGAUACAACAAUGACAAUAACUGAAGAAUCUUUCGAAAUAAUUGAAACUGUUGAAUCAACUCAAGAUGAUAAUGAUGAACAAACAGUUGAUGAAAUUAUGGAUGAAAUUGAAGAAAAAUUAUUAGACAAUGUUGAUGAUAUAUGUAAAAAUCAAGUUGAUGAAAAUGAUGAACUUAUGGAAAAUGAUUAUGUUGAAGAAGCAUUAGAGAGUAAUAGUAAUAAAGUUGAUGAUGCUAUUUUAGAGAGUCUUGAUAUUAUUGAGGAAACAUCAUCGCUUACUUUACCAGUUGAUAAUAAUGCUGGUGAUGAUGAUGAUGAUGCUGAUGGGGAUGAUAAUAUUGUAACAACUGAUGAAAUUAUUAUAGAAACACAAAAUAUACAAGAAAUUGAUGAUGAAAUAAUUGAUGAAUCACCAUCUGUUAUUGUUGAUAAAUCAAUGGAACUUGAUGAAACAAUUGAAACAAUUGAAGAUAAUAAAAUAACAGAUCUUGAUGAUUCAAAUUUAGAUAUUCCAGAAAUUGAAAAUGAUGAAAAUAACAUAGAGGAAACAGGUAUUAUUAAAAAUACUGAUGAUUCAUCACAAGAACAAGUAAAAAAUAUUAAAACAAAUUUUAAUGAUCUACAAGUAGAUAUAGAUAAUUCUUUAUUAGUUGAUUCAACAAAUCAACAAGAAGAAGAAGAACAACAACAAGAAAUUAAACUUGAUGAAUCUAAAGAAGAUAUUCAAGUUGAAACUGAUUAUCCAUCAUCAGUAAAUAUACAUUCAGAACAAUCAUCUGAUCCUGAAGCUUCAUCAGAAAUGGCUGAUUUAACAACUGAAGAAAUAUCUGCUGAAAUUGAUGAUAAAUGUGAAACAAAUAUUACAACUGUACAAAAUAAUAAUGAAACAAUUAAUAAAAAUGAUAAUGAUGAUGCAUCAUUAACAAAUCAAGAACAAUAUUCUCAAAUAUUUGGUGAUAAUAAUUCUCAAGAAAUACAAGAUAUAAACACACUAUUAAAUAUGGAUGAUAAGUUGGAGGAAAUGUAUCUUGAAGAUGAUACUAAUGUUACAGAAAUAUCAGAUAUACUUGAAAGAACUAAAGAUUUAUAUCCACCAAGUCCAAGUGAUCUCAUUGAUGGUGAUGAUGAUGAUGAUGAUGUUGAAAAAAAAUUAGCUUCAGGAUCUAAAAAAAUAUCAAACGAAGCAUUGGAAAAUGUAACUGCAGAUCAAUUAUCAAAUCCACUAGAAGGUUCGGUUGAUUCAAAUAUUACAGCGAGUCUUGAUAAAACAAAUUUGCCAGUGAAAGAUGAAAAAUUAAAUGCUAAAUCACCUGAUAUUGAAGUUGAUGUUGAAGAAAAAAAAACAAUUGAAUGUAAUAAUUUAAAUAAAGAUAAUGAUGUUGAUGAUGAUGAUGAUGACAAUAGUGAUGCAGUACACCAAGUUAUAAGUGAUAAUCAAGAAGAAAAUAAUGAUUUAUUAACACCAGAAUUUGAGGUAUCUUUUACUGUACCAGAUGAAGAAAAAAUGGAUAUUUCUGAUGAAUUUUUAGAAGAUCCACUUGGUGGUGUUGGUCAUGGUAUUGAAGAAAUACAUGAAUCUGAGCUUGAAUCUGCUGUUAAAUACCUUCAUAUUGAAUCACAAAUUAAUUUACCAUUAAAACUUGAUGACAAUGUUACUAUUGUCGAUAUAAAUGAAUCAUCAAAUAGUUCAGAAACUAUAGAAAUUAAAGAUUCAAUUGCAAUAUCUGAAGCAGAAAUAAUAUCUGAAGCAGCUAAACUUGAAAAUGAAAAAUUGUUAUUAAAUGAUAAUGAGGAUGACUAUGUAGAUAAUGAUGAUGAUAAAAUUUCAUCAGAUAAUUUAAAUAUUAAUGAAAAAAUAAUUCAAGAUAUAACUAAAGUUGAAGAAAAUAAAAAUAUAAAUGUCACAAAUUCAACUGUAUUUCCAAAAACAUCAAUACUAGAAGAAAGAUUAAAAAUUCCACCAAAAAUUGUUAUUCCAAUAAUUGAAUCAUCAAAAAUAAUUGAACCAACACAAAAAACAUCAAAUUUAUUAAUUCAAAAAACAAGUACAAGCUUGAAUAUUGAAUCACCAAAAAAAGAUACAGAUAAAUGUGAUUUUGAUAAUGUUGGAUCACCAAGAAUAAUAUUAAAAAUUGCAAAAUCAGCAAUAACUGAUUGUACUGAGCCAAAAUCACCAAAAAGUCCUAAAAUUCAUUCACCAAAUUUAGAUCCUGAUAGUCCAAGUCAAAAAUUAGGUAAAAUUAAAUUAAAAUUAUCAAAAAGUGGUCAUCCAUUAAUAAUACCAAAUAAUGAUGAUGAAGAUGAUGAUAAUAAUACAACAACCACCACAACAACCACAACAACAACAACAAUUAAUGAAAAAGAUAUAAUAUCAAAUCAACAAUGGCAUACUGAAGGAUCAUCAUCACUUUCACCACUUGGUAUGAAAAUUAAAUUAACUAAAACAGGUGAUGCAACAAUAAUACAAGAACAACAUUGUAAUAAUAUUAUUAAUUCACCAAAAAGAAAUGAAUCUCCAUCAAUUGGCAUGAAAUUUAAAUUAUCAAAAACAGGUGAUGCAUCAAUAAUACAACAAUCUAAUGAUAAAUCUGAUGAUGAUUCAAAAGAUUUAACAAAAAGAACUGAUUCACCAUCAUUAGGAAUGAAAAUUAAAUUUUUAAAAAAAGGUGGUGCAUCAAUUGUUUCAACUGAUGCUAUCAUCACUGAACAUGAACAACAUGAACAACAUGAUAUUGAACAACGACGAACUGAAUCACCUCUUGGUAUGAAAAUUAAACUAUCUAAAAGUGGUGAUGCUUCAAUAAUACAUGAGACACGUCAAGGUUCACCUAGUAGAACAAUUGUCGAGGGUCUUGGUAUGAAAAUUAAAUUAUCAACAACUGGACAUCCAACAAUUAUUCCUGAUAAUAAAAAAAUUGAAGAAAUGCCAAUUAAAAAUGAUGAAUUAACAUCAUCAUCGUCAUCAACAAAAAGAAAAGAAACAACAACUUUAUUAUCUCCAAUUGAAAUUAAAAAAUCAAAAAUUGAUAAUAAUAUUGUAUCAAAAUCAAUAACAGAAUUUUCAAAUCAAACAAUUAUAAAUAAAGAACAAAAUAAAAAAUCAACGACAAUUGAUACAAUAAGUCGUAAUCAAAUGAAUGUUAUUAAUCAAGAAAUUGAUAUAACUCAUAUUAAAAAAAAAUCACAAUCACGUGCUGAUUUAACAAUUGGUGAAAAAUUAAAAAAUAUAUUAACACAAAAUAAAUCAAAUUGUUCAUCUUUAUCAUUAUCUUCAUCAUCACCACCACCAUCAUUAUCAUUAUCAUCAACAUCUUCAGCUUCAUCAUCAUCCUCAUCAUCCUCGUCUUCAUCAUCAGAUAAUACUGAUACAAUACAACAACAAAAACAACAACAACAACAACAACAACAGCAUCAUCCACAACCAGAAUUAAUAAUUGUCAAUGAAAAUUCAAAUUCAAGUCAAGAUGUCAUGAUAAUUGAUGAUACAUCAUUACAAACACAAUCAGUAUCAUUAACACAACCACUAGCUCCACCACCACCGCCACCACCAGCUCCAGAACCUAUUGGAUUGCCUGAAGCUAUUAUUAAAGUACCGAGAAAACGUGGUAGACCACGACGUAUUGAUUUACCACAAAAUCAACAACAACAACAAACAUCACCACAAAAACAAAAAAUAAUAUUAAAAGAUCCAUUAAUUGGUAAAUUGGCUGAUAAUGAAAGACCAAAAAGAACAUGUAGAAGUAGUCAAAAAAGUUAUGCACCACCAAAACGUGGACGUGGACGUGGUAGAGGUAAAAGAAAAAUUGAUAGAUUAGAUCGUUCUGAUGCUAAUACCUAUUAUCAAAAUAAAAAAGCAAGAUUUGAUUAUGAUGAUGAUAAUGACGAUGAAAAUGAUGAUGACAAUGAUGACGAUGAUGAUAAUAAUAAUUUAACAAUAAUUGAUAAUCAAACACCAUCAUCAUCAUCAUCAUCAAUUAACAUAGACAAUGUACAUAUGAAUAAUGAUACAAUUAAUAAUUCAUCAGAAUUAUAUAAAGCACUAAAACAACCAUUAAAAUCAUCAUCAGUUUCAUCAAAUAAUAUUAAUGCUGCUGCUGGUAGUGGUGCAUCAUCAAUUGUUGAUAUAACAACAAGAUUUGAUAAUAGUAAUAAAACAAAAUGUGUAAUAACAAAAACAAUUAUAAAAAAUUCAAGUAAUUCUAAUUCUAAUAAUAAUGAAAGUGAUACAUCUAUUGGAAAAAAUUGGCUUACACCAAUAACAACAACACCAACAACAACAAAAAAUAUUAAACAAAAUGAUACAUCUUCAAAUCUUCAAGUUAUUGAUGAAGAAACACGAAUGAGCUCUGAUUCAUUUUCACGAUCUCAAACACCAGCAAGGCAAAUAUCAACUCAUGGUGCAGAUACAAUAAUAAAUGAAGAAUCACAAGGUAGUGUAUUGAGUACAGCAACAACUGAAUCAGAAAAAGUUAAAGUUAAAAAUCGUAGAAUGGAAAUAAAUUUUGAUCCAGAUGAGGGUCCAUUUACUGUUGAUAAAAUAGCUGAAUAUGAAUGGCCACUUGAUCGUAAAAAUGAUACGUCAAUGAUACAAGAACAAAUAUCACAAUAUCUUGGUGUUAAAUCAUUUAAACGUAAAUAUCCAGAUUUAAAAAGACGUAUGGUUGAUAUGGAAGAACGUAAUUAUUUACGUGAAAAUGGUUUAGUUAGUGAAAGUAUGUGUGAUAUGGGUUUAACAGCUGUUGGUAGUUCUGAGGUACUUGAUAUUAUGUGUAGUGAUUUUCCUGAUCAUUAUGAAGAAUAUAGAAAACAUAUGCGUGAAAAACAAAUAAAAGAACAUUCAAAAAAACAAAAAGAAUUAACUGCAGCAGCAAAUGCUGAAAAAAAUCGUAUUGAUUUAGCUGAAAUGGCUGUACAAUCAGCCCUAUCAUGGAAUAUUAAUUUUAAUAAAGAAAGAAAAGAAACAAGAAAAUGUAGUCUUGAUUUACAAACAUUUACAAUUCAUGUACCUAAAAGAAAACAAUAUUACAAUAAAAUUAAAGAUUAUAAUAGUAAUAAAAAUUGUAAUUAUCCAGUAUCACUUAUACCUGGACAAUAUACUGAUUAUUAUCGUGAAUAUACAUCAUCUGAAUUACGUUAUUAUCCAUUAAAUACUGUUAUUUAUGGACCAAUGAGACCAAAUCAUCAAAGAAGAAAAUUCAAUCAUGAUAGUCAAUCAGAAGACGAAGAAGAUGAAGAAGAAUCACAAACUGAUGAUGAUAAUGAUGACACUGAUGAUUCUGAUUCAUCAUCUGAUGAUUCAAGUUGUUCAUCAAGUCAAGAUGAUACACAAGAUGAUACUGAAGAAUCACAAUCAACAAUAAUGGAUGAAGUUGAUAAUAAUAUUAAUAUUACAGAAUUAACAAAUCAAAAAGAUAUUAUAAAUAAAAAUCUUAAAUGUAAAAUGUGUUUAAAACAUUUAAAUAAAACAAGUAAAUCGGAAAUGUUGGUACAAUGUGGUACUUGCAAUGGAUAUGUUCAUCCAUCGUGUAUUGAUUUAACAAUUGAUAUGGUUCCACAUAUUCAGGCAUAUGCAUGGCAAUGUACUGAUUGUAAAACAUGUGCACAAUGUCAUGAUCCAGCUGAUGAGGAUAAAAUGUUAUUUUGUGAUAUGUGUGAUAGAGGAUAUCAUAUAUAUUGUGUUGGAUUGAGAAGGGUACCACAGGGUCGUUGGCAUUGUACUGAAUGUGCAAUUUGUGGUAGUUGUGGUUCACGUGAUGCUGGUGGUAUUGCUAAUGGUGAUAAAAAUGGAGUUGCACAAUGGCAACAUGAAUAUAAAAAGGGUGAAAAAAAUACCAGAGUUUAUGUUUCAACUCUAUGUGUUCCUUGUUCAAAGCUUUGGAGAAAGGGUCGUUAUUGCCCUCAUUGCAGUCGAUGUCAUACUGUCUCAAGACUUGAUCAAGAUGACACUCUUGUGCACUGCAGUGCAUGUGACAAAUAUCUGCACUUAGAUUGUGUGGAGAACAAGGAUCUGACAUUCGACAGGAAAAAAUAUCAGUGUGAUUUGUGUCUGCCAAAAUAUCGUGGACAAGGAAUUAAAAAUUUCAUGUCCAAAGUCAUCAAAGGAUAAAAAUUAUCAAAUACAUCAUCACCACCACAACAUUUAUUGAUAGAUAAUAAUAAUAAUUGCAUUGUUUAUCUUUCCAUUGAAAAUCAAAGACUGUUUGUUUAUUGAUUACUUUUUAAUUUAAUUAUAUAUAUUGCCUAAAAA